UUUUUUUUUUUUUUUUUUUUUUCCAGACAGAGUUUUGCUCUUGUGGCCCAGGCUGGAGUGCAAUGGCGCGAUCUUGGCUCACCACAACCUCCGCCUCCGGGGUUCAAGCGAUUCUCCUGCCUCAGCCUCCUGAGUAGCUGGGAUUACAGGCAUGCACUACCACUCCCAGCUAAUUUUGUAUUUUUAUUAGAGAUGGGGUUUCUCCAUGUUGGUCAGGCUGGUCUCGAACUCCCAGCCUCAGGUGAUCCGCCUGCCUUAGCUUCCCAAAGUGCUGGGAUUACAGGCGUGAGCCACUGCGCCCGGCUUCAUUGUUAUUAUGUAAUGUAUUCAGCAAGAGGUGGAGGUUGCAGUGAGCUGAGAUUGAACCAUUGCACUCUAGCCUAAGCAACAGAGCGAGACUCUGUCUCAAAAUAAUAAUAAUAAUAAUUCACUUUUGGAAACUGUUCCCUACUAGAUUUCAAACAACUUGGGAAUGAAAUCCUAUUUGAGUUCAUCCAUGUGUAUUUCCAACAAGUUCAGUGUCUUACUUAUAAAUAGUACUUGAAGGAAUGAAUACGACUUUUUCUUUAUGUAGUUAUUUUACACUUGAUUUAAAGGAACUUAAAAAAGACGCAGUUAAACCUAGAGACAGACGCCCUCCAAAAAUUGUCUCACCUUCAUUAUUUGUGAUUACUAGUUAGAACUAGCAGAAAAAACUCCCCAGCAAGUGAAAUGUCAAACCAUUACUAAAAGAAAGAAAAAGAAAGGAACAGUCUUUUCUAUAUUUAACUCACUUGAGAGAAAAAAGAAGAGCUGGUAUUUUUCGAGUAAUAAUGUUCGUAUUUUGUGAUGCAGAUACUCAAUUUUACAUUCUAAAAAUACUUUUAUAGUAGGAAGCAGUGUACGUUUGAAUCCUGGCUCUGCCGCUUGUUGCAAGAAGUUGGUCAAGCUAUCGGACCUUGCUAAGCCCUCCCUGUUGUAACUGUAAAAUGUAGUAACACCAUUUACCUCUAGAAUGGCUGUAAAUCGAGUAAGGCUUAUUUAAUACAGCGUCUGGCAUACACCAGGCGUUCAGUAUGGCGCCAGUCAUUAACAAUAGGUGGUUACUAACUGCGAUUCACUCAAAACAAUACAGAUGCACACGGAUGAGAGUUUACACUUCGAGUCUUAUUCAAAGAUUGGUUAUUAGCCAGGCAUUUUGAUAGGUGCACUGUUUUAUUUUCGUACCUCACGGUGUAUAAUUACGCAAGCUCAAAAGCUAAUAAUUGACAGCUCACUUUGCUUUACUCUGGGUUCUGCAUUGACCUCAGAGAAGACACGGCCCAGACAAACAGGCAAGGCCCAACACUGACUCAAAAAAGAUCCUUUAUUUAACGCAGUGUUUUUAGUGCAUGCUCUUGUUUGGCGAAAGAGAAGGUUUUACGUUCAGAAUAUUAAAAGGGACCCCGAGGACAAAGCAGGAUCUCGGAAAAUAAGAUCACAUCCCCAAAGAACUAAAAGGACAACCGAGAAAAGGUUGCAGACUCCCACGCCUCUGCCCGAGUCCCGGGCUUGCGCGCGCGGCUGCAGCGCGACAGGGGCGGGGCCACGGCCACAAAGCAGCCCCCGAGACCACGUGGCCUCCGAGCAGCUCAGGGCGCCCUUGAAAGUUCUUGGAUCUGCGGGUUAUGGCCGGUCCAUUGCAGGGCGGUGGGGCCCGGGCCCUGGACCUACUCCGGGGCCUGCCGCGUGUGAGCCUGGCCAACUUAAAGCCGAAUCCCGGCUCCAAGAAACCGGAGAGAAGACCAAGAGGUCGGAGAAGAGGUAGAAAAUGUGGCAGAGGCCAUAAAGGAGAAAGGCAAAGAGGAACCCGGCCCCGCUUGGGCUUUGAGGGAGGCCAGACUCCAUUUUACAUCCGAAUCCCAAAAUACGGGUUUAACGAAGGACAUAGUUUCAGACGCCAGUAUAAGCCUUUGAGUCUCAAUAGACUGCAGUAUCUUAUUGAUUUGGGUCGUGUUGAUCCUAGUCAACCUAUUGACUUAACCCAGCUUGUCAAUGGGAGAGGUGUGACCAUCCAGCCACUUAAAAGGGAUUAUGGUGUCCAGCUGGUUGAGGAGGGUGCUGACACCUUUACGGCGAAAGUUAAUAUUGAAGUACAGUUGGCUUCAGAACUAGCUAUUGCUGCCAUUGAAAAAAAUGGUGGUGUUGUUACUACAGCCUUCUAUGAUCCAAGAAGUCUGGACAUUGUAUGCAAACCUGUUCCAUUCUUUCUUCGUGGACAACCCAUUCCAAAAAGAAUGCUUCCACCAGAAGAACUGGUACCAUAUUACACUGAUGCAAAGAACCGUGGGUACCUGGCGGAUCCUGCCAAAUUUCCUGAAGCACGACUUGAACUCGCCAGGAAGUAUGGUUAUAUCUUACCUGAUAUCACUAAAGAUGAACUCUUCAAAAUGCUCUGUACUAGGAAGGAUCCAAGGCAGAUUUUCUUUGGUCUUGCUCCAGGAUGGGUGGUGAAUAUGGCCGAUAAGAAAAUCCUAAAACCUACAGAUGAAAAUCUCCUUAAGUAUUAUACCUCAUGAAUUCCCGUCCAAGGAAGCAGAGUUGUUAAAGAGUACUGGAAUAGGAGCUGAAGGAUCUAUAUUCCCUCAUUGCAUUUUCCUUAUGUAUAAUUUUCCAGAUGGUGAUGUUACUUUUCAGUGUACUCAUAUGUCUCAUUUUCAUCUAAAAUUAAAUGGCAGGAAACAAGGACUGCAUAGAGAAA